CCUGACAAACUAAGAUGGCUGGAGCUCUGACUUUGCUUCUCAUUGGUUGUCUGCUGAAAGGUUCCCUGUGUCGACAGUUUGAGGUCAUUAUGCCGCAGACUGUUGAGGCUCUGAGUGGAUCCUGUGUGACCAUCCCCUGCUCCUUUGACACAGAAGUGACUAUGAAGACUUAGAUGACACAUGUAAAGAAAUAUUGACAAAUGAUAAAACAUACAGUAGCGGCUAUGAUCCAAAUGAAAUUACAACAGAAGAACUGUCAGGUGACAUGACAAAAAAAAAACUGCACCGCAACCUUAAAUUACAUGCGUCUUGAUUACAGCGGUAAAUAUUUCUUCAGACUGGACUGUCAGAACAGACUCAAAUUGACUUUUUAUGACACUUCUGUGAAUAUUUAGGUGAAAGCUGAUCCUCCCUCACCAACUCUGACUCCGUCCACACUGGAGGUGAAGGUGAACCUCAGUGAGUUUGAACUGCUCUGCUCCAGCUCUCUGUCUGUCUCAUCCUCCAACUCUGACAUGGACCCCCGACCUGGGUGACAGUCAGGAGACACUGCAGGAGAAUCAGGACAAAACUAAAGUCAAGAUCUCUGUCCUGACCUUCACUGUUUCUCACCUCCAUCAUGGAAAGACCAUCUCCUGUACUGCCACCUACAGCAAACAAGAUGGCAGCCCUGUGGCAUCUGUUAGCACAAGUUUAACAGCUGCUAUUUCAUACUCCUUUAAACUUGACAUUCUCCUGACAAACUAAGAUGGCUGGAGCUCUGACUUUCCUUCUCAUUGGCUGUCUGCUGAAAGGUUCCCUGUGUCGACAGUUUGAGGUCAUUAUGCCGCAGACUGUUGAGGCUCUGAGUGGAUCCUGUGUGACCAUCCCCUGCUCCUUUGACAUACAGACCAAAUUUGACAAUAACUUAGAUGACACAUGUAAAGCAAUAUGGAAACGUAAAAGUGAUAACAAAGUUGUGUUUGAUAGUGCUGAAAAACCUGGAAUAAAUGGAGAACUGAGGGGAAACCUGAAAGAAAAAGAUUGCACCACAACUCUCAAUAACACUGUUCUUGAUACCAGCAACACAUAUUACUUCAGACUGCAGUGUAACAAUGCACUCAAAUAUAGUUUUGACAAGGACUUCGAGGUGGUGAAUGUAUUGCUCAAAGCUGAUCCUCCCUCACUGACUCUGACUCCGUCCACACUGGAGGUGAAGGAGGGAACCUCAGUGAGUUUGAACUGCUCUGCUCCAGCUCCCUGUCUGUCUCAUCCUCCAACUCUGACAUGGACCCCCAACCUGGGUGACAGUCAGGAGACACUGCAGGAGAAUCAGGACAAAACUAAAGUCAAGAUCUCUGUUCUGACCUUCACUGUUUCUCACCUCCAUCAUGGAAAGACCAUCUCCUGUACUGCCACCUACAGCAAACAAGAUGGCAGCCCUGUGGCAUCUGUUAGCACAAGUUUAACAGCUGCUAUUUCAUAUUCACCCAAAGACACCAAAGUGUUUGUCAGUCCCUCUGGUCCAGUACCAGAGAACAACAAUGUGACUCUGACAUGCAAUAGUUCUGCCAACCCAGUAGUAAGGAACUACACCUGGUACAGAGCUGGUGGAGGACAGGAGACUUCCAUCGGGACUGGACAGACUCUAAAUAUUAAAGCUUCUAAACUCACUGGUCCUUUUCUCUGCAUGGCUGAAAAUGAUCUUGGAGUUGGACGAUCCAACAUCAGUCAAAUAGAUGUUCAAUAUUCACCCAAAGACACCAAAGUGUUUGUCAGUCCCUCUGGUCCAGUACCAGAGAACAACAAUGUGACUGUGACAUGCAAUAGUUCUGCCAACCCAGUAGUAAGGAACUACACCUGGUACAGAGCUGAUGGAGGACAGGAGACUUUCAUUGGGACUGGACAGACUUUAAAUAUUAAAGCUUCUAAACUCACUGGUCCUUUUUUGUGCAUGGCUGAAAAUGAUCUUGGAGCUGGACGAUCCAACAUCAGUCAAAUAGAUGUUCAAUUUCCUCCACAGAUCCUGCUCUCAUCUGACUGCACUAAAACUACAAGCCAGGUCAAAUGUUCCUGUGGGACAGUGGGAAACCCUUCUCCCAUUUUACACUGGUAUUUGGAUGGGCUACCUGUCAGUCACUCUGACAAGUUUGCAGUCAGCAAUGAGUCUCUAAAUGGUACAGGUCUGAGGAGCAUCAUCACUGUGAAUCAGCCACAGAGGAGAGAUCUUUCCACCUUGGUCUGCCAAAGCUCCAACUCUCUGGGAACUGCCAGUCACCGCUUUUGUUUCAAAAGCCUUGAGCAACAAAUCUCUGCAGGAAAUGAAGGUCAAGUCACGUUGUCAGUCUUCAUCACCACAGUUGUCGCUCUACUAGUACUAGUAUGUGCUCUGCUGUGUGUAAUCAGGGCUCAGAGGACUCACCUUAAACUUCAUAAGACUCAGUGCACAGGUGACACCAGUGUUGCUAUGAACCAACUUCUCACAAGAAGCGAGGGAAAUGAGGCACCCAACACAACAGAAGAGGACAUUUAUGUCAACACUGAUAGGCAGAGACAGGCAGACGUCCCCCACCCUGCAACUACAUCUGAGCCAAAAAGCACCAACUUUCCAAACUCUGGGCCAAACAAUGCAGCAGAAGCCAGAAAAGUAUCAGGGAAGAAGAAUGAGGAAGGGACAGAUGUGGUUUACUCCAGUGUGAAUUGGAAGAGGAAAAGCAGGAAGAAGCAGCAAGAAGAACUUGUGGACAUGGAUCCACCUGGUAGGUCCUAUCUGGAGGAGGAGAGGUGCAUGGUGGGAAGCAUGAGCAGAAACUUUGUGAGCGACGCACUGACGAUGGGGAACAUAUAUGAUGAAGUGGAGCCUAGAAUUGUGAAGAAGGAUGUAGAAUGUGAAUACGCUCAGGUUAAAUUUAAAAGCAAGGUUGCUUUACACCAAUAGAUCACUGUUUUGUUGGUGGUUGAGGCUUUUAAUGAAAGUACAGCAUAAAAAUUUAGAUAAAAAUUAGAUACAUUUGCUUUUCGGGUCGUGAGUUUUUUUUAAAGAUCUUAACUGAUUUUGAAUUA